AUGGCUGGCAAGCUCGCCACUCCCGGCGACAGAACCCUAACUGUCCCACUGCACAAGGGAGACACUGUCCUCCCAAACCUCCCUUUCUUUGAGAAACUCCUCCGCUAUGCCCAUCGUCGACCGCCGACUAUCUCAAUUCGCGAUGUGCAUGCUGGUGUGGAAAAGGGCUAUACCCAACUGCUGACUGACGCGCUUGCCCUGCGGCGCGCACUGAGAGGUCGUCUCCGUCCAGAGACGCUGAGGGAUUUAAACAAUGACCAUGAGGUGUUUGUCGCGGUGAUUGCGCCGGGUGGAUAUGAGUACACCAUGGCUUUCACGGCUAUCCUGGCGCUGGGAGCUGCCGUGGUGCCAAUAACACCCGCUCUCCCCGUGCAAGAAGCAAAAUCACUCGUUACCCGGGCUCAAUGCGUUGCUGUGAUAUCGACGAGUGAAGUAGUGCCCCUGGCACAUGGCAUAAUCCAAUCUAUUGUGGCCUCAAAUCCAGCCACUGAACUCCCUCAUUUAGUAACUUCCCAGUACCUACAGUCCGACUCCCUGCCCCCGUCCAGCAUAACAAUCUCCUCAGAUCCAGUUCCAAACAUGAACAUGGCCGCUUUGGUGAUCUUCACAAGCGGUACCACUGGACCACCCAAGGGCGCCGUCCAGCGAAGAAGCUACAUCACCUCUGCCGCCGAGGACGUGGCGGAUCACUACCGACUCACGGAAUCGGAUACAGUUCUGCACAUGUUACCAGUUCACCAUGCGACCGGGAUAGGGGUGACGUUUCUUCCGUUUUUGGUGGUUGGGGGAUGCAUUGAGUUUCGCAGUGGAGGAUUUGACCCGGAAUGGACGUGGGAGCGGUUUAGACAAAACGCCAACCCAACUGGGGCCAAGGCGUUGAGUGUGUUCUCUGGCGUGCCUACGAUAUAUACGCGUCUUAAGCGGUACUUCGAAAUACACAUUUCCCCUUUACCGAGCAUAGAGCAAGAGCAGUAUAUUGCCGGGGUCAGGAGAAUAAGGGUCUUUCUAUGUGGGACUUCGGCGCUCCCAAGACCAAUCCAAGAAUUCUGGACGAGAAUCUUAGACGGAAAGAUGAUAUUGACACGGUAUGGUGGGACAGAAUUCCAUACUACUCUGAAAGCUGAUCUCGAUGGGUCAUCACCGGCAAACAGCGUCGGAAGGGUGUCUCCGGGGGUUGAUUUGAGGUUAUCAGAUGAAGGAGAGAUCUUGGUGAAGGGGCCCAAUAUGUUUUCCAAGUACCUCCAUGAUACAAACGCAACAUCAAAGGCACAUGACAAGGAUGGGUAUUUUAAGACAGGUGAUAUCGCAUCCUGCAUGGGGGAGAGCUACUUUAUUCAGGGGCGGGCUUCGCUUGACAUUAUCAAGAGUGGCGGGUACAAAAUCUCGGCUCUUGAUAUUGAGCGGGAGAUACUAGGCCUUGAUUAUGUCUCUGAGGUGAUGAUUGUCGGCGUCGAGGACGAGGAGUUUGGGCAACGGGUUGCGGCCGUUGUUACGCUAAAAGAUGAACACAGAGCAAGCGGGUUGUCUCUAGAGAAGCUGAGGGGGGAUCUAAGGGGGGUGCUAGCGGGUUAUAAGAUGCCGACUGUCUUGAGGGUAGCGGGGGGCGAGAUUCCCAAAGGAGCGACGGGAAAGGUACAGAAGAAGGUGCUGGGGCCAAGAUAUUUCCCUGAUGGAUGGCGAGGGUUGGAGGAGGUGCAAGUCUGGGAUCCACAAAAGAUGCAGCCUAAGUCGAAGUUAUAA